AUGGACAGCUUCCUGGCGCUCGAUCUGAGUGAAGCAACUCCAAGCGCCAUCUUGCAACAUGCUAACACAUUUGUUGGCAUCGACGCAACUGGAGACGCGACACUGGAUCAUAGCAGUGAAUUGCUCGUGAUGGGGCAAAAGUUAAUGCUAUGGCUGCUCAACGACAGAGCCCAUUUGCGGCAAUGCAAUAAACGACUCAAGAAUGAGCUAGACCAUGCUGUCGCUGCAGCAGGCAUGGUGAAUGUAAAGAUCGUCAAGUCGCAAAGCCCUCCGAAAGCUGCCCAAGAUAAGUCAGUCAAUUCUGACGUGGACGAGAGAGCACCUGUCCAUCCCCUCCCAUCCAUUCCCCGUCAAGUUCUACAUGCGACAACUACCCCUCCCAUUGUUUCGACCCAACCCCGAACAGAUUCAAGCCCACGGCGACAUCACAUGGAGCUGGAUCAGUCGUCUGGAAUCGGUUCCGUCGACUUGCUUCCCCCGAGUAUCCCAGUCGUAUACUUGGCCACAAGUACCGAAACGAGCUGCUUGGCACCAUUCACCUCCCCCGACUCAGCCUCCAACCCGACGAAUCCUGCCGAGAAAGCAAAUUCCAUCCCUGAGGGCAAGAGCCAGCCCAACAUGAACACAGCGCGUCUCCACUUGCAAACUCUCGUCCGGGGGCAUUUGGCCCGCAAACAAUUCCGCGCGAUGCUCGAAAAUAUCUUGCUGGCCGACGACAUCACCUAG